AUGGUGUCGAGUAAUGGCUCAAUUAUGACGAUCAGCGUGAAAACAAAAACUAGGAUCUGGGAGGCAUUAAAAAUGGCAAUUGUUGCUGUCCCGCCUCUAGCUGCUGUGAUAAUUUUGUCGGUUAUGAUGAUGAAUCAAGCCAGCGUCUCUCUGAACCAAACGUCCAAUAUCAAUUCCUAUAUGGGAUUGGCGGCUAUGUUAAACCAACUCGUGGCUGUCUUGCAAAAAGAGAGAAGCAUUUUUGGAGACUACGUAACACGAUAUGACGAUCUGGAGAGUGAUGACCCGGAUCGAGUGGCCAUGUAUCAACAAGUGCUCUUAUGUCAAAACCAAACGGAUACGAUUAUUGGCGAGAUGACGGGUGGUUGGGUUGGAAUAAUCUCCGUCGACAACGAACGCAUCUACAAUGCCACCGAAUUUCAAAAGCGGCUAUCAGCUAUGAGACUUCGUAUUGACAACUCAACAACUAUCGACGAAGUCUUAACUUACUACAACCCCUACAUAGAAAUCUUGAUGUACAACGCUGGAAGAACAUUUUAUGACACGGACGAGGGCCGAUUUUGGGGCGCCUUUAAUGCGCUCCGGAUGGUGCAGAAUGCGCGGGAGUUGUUUGCUUUAAAGCGAGCGCUUGGCGGGUAUUUCUACGAUCAAGGAUGGUUAGGGAUUGAUACAUAUCGAAGUUUCUUGGAGACUAGUGGAGCAGCUGAUAAAUUUUUGAGAAAUGCAAAAAUGAUCCAUGCGGAGAUCGGGAGCUUUAUCGAGGCGCGUGAGAUACGAGCCGAAUCCGUUAUAUCGAUAGUUGCGGAUAUGACGGACAAGAUCGUUAGUAACUAUUCUGCAACUCCAAUCGCGGCCAGAGAUACUGAAGUCCUAUGGUGGUUUGAUAACAUGACCAUCUACUUCGAUUUAGUGAUUACCCCGACCGUCGACUACAUCAACAAAAAACUAAUUGCCAGUAUCGACUCCGAUUUUGAAACUUCCUAUACCCUACUCUACACCUCAAUUGCAGUAGUGUCAGUCAGCUUCAUCGUCUGUGCACCCGUCAUUGCAUACCUCAGCUAUCAGACAAAUCAGAUGAACAAGAGCAUACGCACGAAAAUGGUUGAGCUUCAAUUCGAAAAGGGCCGAAGUGAGCAGCUUUUGUACUCUAUGCUACCGAAAUCGAUUGCGAUGAGUUUGAAGAGAGGGGAAAUGGUACUCCCAAAAACGUACAACGAAGCGACCGUCUACUUCUCUGAUAUCAAAGGUUUUACGACAAUUUGUAGUGAUUCGAGUCCCCUGGAGGUUGUGGAAUUGCUCAAUCAACUCUACACAGUGAUGGAUGGGGUGCUGGAUGGCUAUAAUUGUUAUAAGGUGGAGACCAUUGGGGUUUGCGCAGCCGGGAUUGUCGGUCUCAAAAUGCCUAGAUAUUGCUUGUUUGGGGAUACGGUAAAUACGGCAUCCAGGAUGGAAUCUAGUGGAAUUGCGAUGCGAAUUCAACUCAGCGACCAUACCGUCAAACAUCUGAAGCGCUACUUCAAAAAGGAUUUUCAAUGGAAAGAGCGAGGAAUGAUGGAAAUUAAGGGCAAAGGCCAAAUGAUGACCUACUGGCUGACACAGAAAUAUGGGUUCAACUAUGAGGUCUACAUCCCAGACGAGGAAAGCCCAGCUGGCCAGGUUUUUCCA